GGGUGUAGCUCUUGAGUUGCGUGCAAAGAACCAGCAUGCCGACAUGGCCGAGCGGCAUAAUGAGGUACUCAGGCGCCAAAUCCAUCUUCUUGAUACCAAUGCAACCAAUGAGGGACUGCGGGUGUCUUUCGGCGCUCUGUUGGCAGAGGCCGUCUUUGCCAAGAACAUCUUAUUUAACAUGGGCGGAGCCUCUCCUUAUGAAGCCGUUUUCGGACGGACUCCGCCGUUGAUAACCGUAGUAACCCAUGAAAGUCCGGACUUUAUCGAUGAUCGUGAUGCCGAUCGACUCCGGCAUUUAGCAAUUCAGUCAAUGACUCAGGCAAGUGCUGAGAUGAAAGCACGACGAGCGAAUGCCACCAAAACGCGUCGUGCAGGUGAACUUCUUGGUUUGGAAGCCGGGGAUUUGGUUGAUUUCUGGAGACGGGCUAGUUCUAAAGAUCUCGAGUGCUGGCAAGGUCCAGCCGUGGUUACGGACGUAACAAGUCUUAAAACAGGACAGAUCACCAUCCGAUGGCAGGGCAGGUUAGGUUGGUUUAAGAAUAGUGGCGUUUGGAGACCAUUCGAAGCUAACGGUAGGAGUGUGAGUGCCCUGCCCGGGGUCAGUUCUGAUGAAAGUUUUUUGCUGUGGUGGAAUCCGGGAAUGAUAUCGGAGUGGAACCAUGCGCACAUCCCUGGAACACAGCACAUCAACAUCAGUAGACUUUGCGGUCAUCGAGAACACGACAUAUUUUUUGUCCAAUUCUUCAUGGAAGACGAUGCAGCUAUUGCCGAGAUACGGCAAGUCGUGCAUGAUGUCCCGAACCUGGGAGGGAUACAUGAUCCUGCUCUCCCAAGACUGAGGGAUCUGACCACCGAGGUCAGACUGCGUCAGCGUCAGCAUCAGUUGGCCAUUGAAGAUCAGGCGGCAAGCUCGCUUGAACCGGAAGUUUUCGACAUCGCUACGCCAGACAGUGAGCGAACUGCCGAAGACACUGGUGAUGAGUCAGACUUUGAAUCCAUGUUUUCAGCAUUUAGCAGUCAACCCCCCGUCGUCUCAGCUGAUGCGCCGUGGGAGCCAUGCUUUGUGUUUGCAAUCAGUGACGUUUUAAGUGAACCGCCCGAACUUGAGUUUAGCUUCACCAGCGCACCUUUGUUACAAGGAGUUGCAGUUUUACCGCAGCCUCACGAAACUUUGAUUUUCACAUUGGGUGAAAAGCCUCAUGCUGUCAUGUGGAAUGUCCACCAAGCGUGGCGCCGCGGUCCUCGUAGCGGCGCGCACAAUGCGUUAGCGUCCAAGUGGGUGCUCAAGUGGAAGCCGAUCGGUGGAGUUCGCACCGUGAAGGUGCAGUUGUUGCUGCCUCCCGGCAGUGAGGAACUCAUACGCACUUUGCCCGGUAUGGAGGAUUUUGAUAGCCAGAAAGAGGUUGAAUAUGAUAACUUUGAGCAUUUGGGGCUUAAGCACAGUUUGCAUGAUGACGGUUCGCGCAGUGUGAGUCAGCAGCACUACGUGCAGGAACUGCGUCCGAUCCCGGAGGCAGAGCUGAAACUUCGCAGUCUUUCGGAAGUCGCAUCCGAAGACAUGAAGCAUUUGUUCAUGUCGCUUCUAGGCGGAGUGGCGUGGGUCGUGCAGACCCGCCCUGACGUUGCUGUCUUCGUUGCGGCGCUGCAAAGGAGCGGGAUAGUGGCUCUCACUUCGCGUGCUGGUGUGCAGCAGGGUAAGAACAGGCUUCAAGUGCUUGAGUUCACCACAAAGAAACAAAGCAAAGUUUGGCGCAGCACUUUCGCUGCCGAGUUAUACAGCAGUCUUGACUUGCUCGGAGUGGCAUGUGUGAUAAACGCUGCCAUUACUGAGGUGCUUCAAGGUCCGAAAACGGCGGCGCAGCUUGUGGAAAUGCAGGAGAGCGGAAACCACAGUCUUCUGUUGGAUGCUGUCAUCGAUGCCAGAUCCGUGUGGCAGAGUGCAGCGUCUGAUGAGCCUAAGUGUGGCGACCAGCUUGUGGCACUUCAUUUGCAUAAGCUGCGCGAGAUCAUCCGAACAUUUGUGGACAGAUAUGUCUGGUGUGACACACGGUCAAUGCUCGCGGAUGGUUUGACGAAAGGCAUCAUAGACCGUCAGCCCCUUCGUCGUCUCGCUGCCGAAGGCAUCUGGAUGAUAGAGCAGGCCUUGGAGAUACACCAACAAAGAUCAUGUGCUACUGAAGAUCAGAGGCACAGUCGUAACGACUCUUGA